UCACCGGUCUCCAGCACCGGUUGUCACGAGCUGCUUUUCUAAGUAAAAUUAUAUUUUUAAAGAAAUGUCGACUUUUCACUAGCAAAAUGGGUAACUGGCUCGUGAACUGCAUCGUCAACUCGGUAGGUUGUGUGGAAUACCACGCAGAGCAAACAGCCGCUGAAAUUUCCCAUCGAUUGUCACCAAGAAAACCGGUCGUCAUCUUGGUGCUGGGCUUGGACAAUGCGGGCAAAACUUCCGUGGUCAACUACUUGCACAAAAAAAAAUUUACGGACGGCGAUGUGCUACCCACGAAAGGCUUUAGAACUGUCAAAUUCAACUAUAAAAGCCAAUGGGAAAUUGUUCUGUACGAUAUUGGCGGGGCCAAGGAGUUUCGAAGCUUGUGGCCGAACUACUACGCCGAGGUGCAUGGUUUUAUAUACGUCAUCGAUGCGGACGAUCAUCGCCGCUAUCACGAGUCGGAGGAAGUUUUCAAAGUUUUGGCCUGCCACGAGCAUGCGACCUACAAGCCAAUACUCUUCUUGGGUAACAAACAAGACCUGGAAAAUUCGCUGGACAGAGUGAGAAUCAUCGAGUUCAUGCACCUCUACCAAAUCGUCAAUUUCGCCAGGGUUUAUACUAGAGUUGAGGAGUGCAGCUGCCUCAAAGACACUUGUAAAUAUUACAACUGCAAUCGAAAUAUUGACACAGGAUUCGAGUGGCUAAUCAAAACGAUAGCGGAGGACUACGAAGAAUUGGUUCAAGAAAUUCAGCUGAGACAAGAAAAGAAGAAUAAAAAGCUGCCGAGGAAGCUGGCAAGGCAUCGUUCCUGGGCGGCUCAAAAAACUCGCAAUCCCUUUGACUAUUCCGACACAGAUUCCGAUACGUACUUAAAACCACAGAUUGAACUGCCAAAACCCAAGAAAAAGUUAAAACAAAAAAAGGUAUUCAACAAGUUUGUGCGAAUACGAAAAAACAGAACGUCUCCUCAAAGCGAUGAACAGAUUGAAAAGCACAUGAAAGAAAUGAUAAAAAAUAUGAAAAUAGAAGAACUCAUAAGAACUACGCAGAUCGACGAAAAUGUCAUUCUGUCUUACGAAAGGCCGAGGGGUCGUCCGAAAAAAAAGCAGGUACGGCCACGCACUGCAUCUGGCAAAGUCAAGUCAUUCAAACUGAAGCGUCGGGUGCAGAACACUUGCAUAGAAAGAUCAAAUGAGACGACGAGAGACGUAGUUGUACCUAUUACGUCGUAG